GCACGCGCUGCGUCAGUAUUCCGCGAGCUUCCAUCGUGUUCUGUUGCAGUUGCGUCAAGGAGCGGGCUAUCCUGUUCGACAGUGAACUGCGGAGUACGAGAAAGUGUCUUUUCGUUGGAACUGAGGAAGAAUGGCGGACGACAGCCACGAGAACGGCACGAGCAACGGCGACGUCCCCGAGAUCGAGUUGAUCAUCAAGGCAUCCACGAUCGAUGGUCGCCGAAAGGGUGCAUGCCUUUUCUGCCAGGAGUACUUCAUGGACUUGUAUCUUCUCGCUGAAUUGAAAACAAUUUCUCUAAAAGUGACCACGGUCGACAUGCAAAAGCCACCGCCUGAUUUCCGUACCAACUUUCAGGCAACACCUCCGCCGAUCUUAAUCGACAAUGGAGACGCGAUAUUAGAGAACGAGAAAAUCGAACGACACAUAAUGAAGAACAUUCCUGGUGGACACAAUCUCUUCGUGCAGGAUAAAGAAGUGGCUACUCUUGUUGAAAACUUGUUCAGUAAAUUGAAACUGUUACUACUAAACGCAAAAGAUAAGGACAAAGACCCGAAGUCCUCGUCUCUGAUGGCACACUUGCGCAAAAUCGACGAGCAUCUAGGUCGUAAGGGUACUCGUUUCCUCACAGGCGACACAAUGUGCUGUUUCGACUGCGAACUUAUGCCACGACUCCAACAUAUCAGGGUGGCCGGCAAAUACUUUGCGGACUUUGAGAUUCCAGAAACUUUAGUGCAUCUCUGGCGAUAUAUGCAUCACAUGUAUAGGCUGGAUGCCUUCUUACAAAGUUGCCCGGCAGACCAGGAUAUUAUUAAUCAUUACAAAUUACAACAGAGCAUGAAAAUGAAGAAGCAUGAAGAGCUAGAGACCCCAACAUUCACGACUAGUAUCCCAAUCGAGGUCAACGACGACUAGGCUGGACCUCUGCCGUCGGGUCUAUGAUCUCGUUACUUUGAUGCAAA